AUGAUAAGGGAAGGAAGUGAUCAGAAUGAGUGGAGGUAUGUUAACUCUGAAUGGAACCCGGCAGACGAUGCAUCACGCUCCAAGCAGUCUGAAAGGUGGAGAACAGGGCCAGGUUUUUUGCUGAAGGAGGAGUGUUUUUGGCCAGCAGAGCCAGCCCACAUGUCCAACAGUGUGGAAGGACUAGAAGUUAGGCGUGAGAUAGGUCCCAAAAGGGCGCAAGUCUGCCAAACAAUUAGCUUCAGGGUUGGGUUGGAUUGUAGGCAGACAGGGUGGCAUAAAAUCAUCCACCACUACUCAAAGUGGAUCCGGCUACUCAGAGCCGUAGGUUGGGUCAUAUUGUUUACCAGGUAUUUAAUGUGCAAACAUAGGCAGCAGCUUAGCGAACUAAACAUGCAUUUGUCUACACAAGUUAUGAGCUUGGCAGAGACUGUGGUUGUGCAGGUAGCACAGCGAAUGACUUAUGAGGUAGAAAUAGCAAGUCUUGAGAAGGGCAGCACCAUCAGGGUUCCAGCUCCUUAA